AGGCUCAACAGCCCCAACUCCAGUUGUCCCACCUAGACCCAGCCAGGGCAUAUGGAAAAUGUGUGGUGGAAUAAUUGGAUUUUGUUUAACAUGCGUUUGUUGCUUUAACUGAGUAAUUUAUUCAUCACCAGGAUCUAAACAACCCCACAGAGUACAGCCCAACAGACAGGAAGCAGGAAUGAUCGCCAACACUGAGGUCACAAGCGAGCCUAACCCAAAGACCAAGGCCCUCUCUACAGUCGGCAAAGCUCCUUCCUCAGAGUCACAGGAAGCAGACUCCACACAGAACGCUGGUGUGUUCAGAGGGGUCAUGCAAAACGUCAACCCAUUCAAGUCUACCCACCAGGUCUUUAAAGCUGCAUCUUCAGAGUCACUGGAACAGGGACGGGUUUCAGACACUAAUCAGAACCCGGGUAUGUUAAAAGGUGUGAUGCAGAAAGUCAACCCGUUCAAGCCUUCAGCACAGGUGCUAAAGAGCGAGCCUCAAAAUGAUGCUGCCGAUCCACCAGAGAAGGGAAAAGAACUUCAAGGCAAACAGAAUCCAUCGAUGAUUGCAGCAAUGAUACAGAAAGUCAACCCAUUCAAAUCCUCACAGCCACAGCAUAAGCAGCCUCUACACACUGACCUUUCCUCCAGCACUGGAAGCUUAGCAGACAGUAACAGCGUGCCAGAGAAGCAGGAACACCAAGCUAUUCACAGUGAGCACUCCUCCAGCUCUGACAGUGUGGAUGACAGCACCAUAGAGAGACAUAGAAACAGAAGCAUCUGUCGAGGGAGAAGCAAGCGACGUGCAAACCCAAACCAGAAAACAAUGUCUAUUUGGUAUACUGAUGCUGAUGCUGAUGCCAGCUGCGAGGUGAAAAGCCAGCCAACGGAGGCACCGAAGAAAGGGACUAUGACUUUGAGAAUAAGGAGGAUUCUGCCCACUGCAUUAUUUGGAUUUGGAACAAAGGACUCAUCAUCUGACACUCAAGCACUGCCCCAGGAAGUAGUGGAAGUUCAGACACUAGAGAUGGCUGAAGUACCAGUGCCCAGUGAAGGAACUGUCCUGGACCCUCUAGAAGAUGAGGAAGGCCUUUUAGCGUGGUGGAGAACAGUAGGGGGCUGGGAUGAGUGGAAUCAGACCAACCAGAACGAUGAACCUGAAGAAGUGGUGGAACAAGCAGCUGAUCGUGUCUUCAUGGCAGCUCAACUUUUUGUUCGCUUUUUUAACCAGCGCGGUGCCUCACUCCAGCAGCGAAUCCUAGAGCUGCUCGCUUUGGCUGAUUCAGCUGAUAUUUUCCAUAAGAAAACCGUCAAGGCCUGUGUCGGUGGUGGGGUGGCCAGUGUUGCUGGGUCUAUCACUACUAUCACUGGCCUCAUUUUGGCGCCCUUUACAGCAGGAGCAUCGCUCAUCGUCACUGCUGUAGGCAUUGGUGUAGCUACGGCAGGUGGGGUGGCGUCUGCUUCAGCCAACAUCACUGACACAGUCCAUUCAAAGACAGACCGCAAGAAGGUGGAGCAGACGAUCAAAGACUACGAGGAGGAGAUGAAGGACAUCAAGGAGUGCCUAGAGUUUUUGCAGGAAGGGAUGGAGACACUUGAGGAGUGGAACUUUGAGAAGUAUGUUGAGAGCAUCGCAAAGAAGCACCUCAACAAGAACGUUGAACAUGUAAUGAAGGAGGGCGGGCGUGCCGGAAAGGCUUUAAUGAUCAACACAGAGAGCCUGAUUAGUACUGUUCAGGUCCUCAGUGUUGCAGGGGGUGCUGCUAAAGCUGCCCAAGUGAUGAGCGUUACCACUGGAGUUAUGUCAGGUCUCUUCCUGGCUCUAGACAUCUUUUUCCUGGCAAAGGAUACCAUGGAGUUAAAAAAGGGAGCCAAGACAGAGUUUGCUGCUAAGAUUCGAGAGGUGUGUAGGGACCUGCAGGAUGGGCUGCUGGAGCUAAACCGCAUCAAGGAACAGCUGCAGAAAACCAUUGAUGGAAUAGAGGUGGAGGUAGACAAGGAGGAAGAUGAUGAAGAGCUUUUAAGGUCCGAGUUAAAGAAACUUGCAGAAUUUGAAGAAUGAAGGCUGGUUAGAAAACCAAACCAAAGCCUGCCUUAAUCCUAGCACCACAAACCCAAGCAAAUCUUGACAGACAAAAACAGUCACUCAAUUAUCACUGUAAUGGUUUCUCCCAAGAGCUGUUUCUCCUAGGUUUUUGGCCAGGGGUUUAGGGGUCCUCCCU